AGAAAAGGGGACAGCCUCCGCCCGAGAGAUUGCCGAAAGGAAUGGUGCCGACGAAAUCCUAGUUAGUAUGUUCGAUCGGCCGUUGUAUAAUCUUGAAUAUACGUGUGGAUUGCUAACUAGGGUAAAGGGCGUCUUUUACGCGUCCUCACGACUUACGGUUUUGUACCCGAGAAGGGGGAUGGCUUGUAUGGAACCAGCAAAUGGACGAAGCAUAUGAACGAUCGCCUAACACAAGGCAUGAUCAAGUUCAUUUAUGAUACUGCGAUGCGAAUCAUGGCUAUAACCCCUGAAUACUUCAAAGAGACGAGCUUCAAAAACCCGGCUGAUCCUCUACAUGGUCCUUUCCAAAAGGCAUUCAACGUCGAUGCUGCCGUUUUCCCGUGGCUUACACGCCCGGAGAACAAGGAGCGUUGGGAUGACGCCAAUACCUUCUUUGAAGGUGACAGGGGUAGCCGACCGUCUUGGGUGAAGUGGUUCCCAGUCAAGGAAAAGCUUCUUGGCGGUAGCAUCGAUGCUAAUGUACCGUUGCUGGUUGAUGUUGCUGGCGGUCGUGGGCAUGACCUUAAGGAGUUCCUUGAUGAGUUUCCAGAUAUGGCAGGGGAAAAGUUUGUCCUUCAUGAUCAACAAGGAGUGCUUGAUAGUGCCGUGGAGCUCCCAUCCACAGUAGAGAAGCGUAAAAUUGACUUCUUCACUGAUAAGCCCGUGGAAGGUGCUAAAAUCUAUUUUAUGAAAUUUAUUAUGCACGAUUGGGCCGACCCUGAAUGCCUCCGAAUCCUCAAAAACGUUACUUCGUCGAUGAAGAAGGGAUACUCGAAGCUUGUUGUUACCGAUUUCAUCCUUCCUAAUACCGGAUGUACUCAGCUUCCUGCCACAUGGGAUCUGAUGAUGUUGACCAUCUUGUCGGCUAUGGAGAGGACUGAGUCUCAGUGGCGAGAGCUUCUUGGUACUGCUGGGCUUACUAUCGAGGGAAUGUACCAGCCUCCCGGUGAUGGACAAGGCGUUAUUGUGACAAGCUUGUAAUGGCCGUCAAUUGCUUCAUAUAAACCCGAGUCCAUAGACUUGGAACUACCGUAGAUAGAUCAACAAGACAAUAGACUGAUAUUUUUGUCUAAUUAUCCUCAUGUCGAUGAAGAUCGAAAUGACAU